GUCGCGGCCCUUGCUGUCUUCGCACCGAUAGAACGCUUUGCUCACGGCGAUCUCUCUAUAAAGUUGUUGUUGUGGCUUCCGCCGCGGGUGGAGGAAGAUGGCGUCGGGAGGUGGCGGCUGUAGCGCUUCGGAGAGACUCCCACCGCCGUUCCCCGGCUUGGAUGCGGAGUCUGAGGGGACAGCCGGGGGGUCAGAACCCGAAGGUGGGGACAGCGACACAGAGGGGGAGGACAUUUUCACUGGCGCUGCGGCAGCGAGUAAACCCCAGUCUCCAAAGAGAACUGCAUCUAUUCUUCCCAUCAACAAUGGUUCCAAAGAAAAUGGGAUUGAGGAAGAACAAGACCAGGAGCCACAGGAUCUCUUUGCAGAUGCCACAGUGGAGCUAUCCCUGGACAGCACACAAAAUAAUCAGAAGACGGUACCAGCCAAAACACUCAUUUCUCUUCCUCCACAGGAAGCCACAAAUUCUUCUAAGCCCCAGCCAAGCUAUGAGGAGCUAGAGGAAGAAGAACAGGAGGAUCACUUUGAUUUGACAGUUGGUAUUACUGAUCCGGAGAAGAUAGGGGAUGGUAUGAAUGCCUAUGUGGCCUACAAAGUUACAACACAGACGAGCCUACCAAUGUUCAGAAGUAAACAGUUUGCAGUGAAAAGAAGAUUUAGUGACUUUCUGGGUCUUUAUGAGAAGCUUUCAGAGAAACACUCUCAGAAUGGUUUCAUUGUCCCUCCUCCACCUGAGAAGAGCCUAAUAGGAAUGACAAAAGUAAAAGUUGGGAAGGAAGAUUCUUCCUCUGCAGAAUUUCUUGAAAAACGGAGGGCUGCUCUAGAAAGGUACCUUCAAAGGGUUGUGAAUCACCCUACUAUGUUACAGGACCCUGAUGUCAGGGAGUUUUUGGAAAAAGAAGAGCUGCCACGGGCCGUUGGUACUCAGACAUUGAGUGGUGCUGGUCUCCUCAAGAUGUUCAACAAAGCCACAGAUGCAGUCAGCAAAAUGACCAUCAAGAUGAAUGAAUCAGACAUUUGGUUUGAAGAGAAACUCCAGGAAGUAGAGUGUGAGGAACAACGCCUAAGGAAACUACAUGCUGUGGUAGAAACUCUUGUCAACCACAGAAAAGAGCUAGCACUGCACACAGCUCAGUUUGCAAAGAGUCUAGCCAUGCUUGGGAGUUCCGAGGACAACACGGCACUGUCACGGGCACUCUCCCAGCUGGCUGAGGUGGAAGAAAAAAUUGAGCAGCUUCACCAGGAACAGGCCAACAAUGACUUCUUCCUCCUUGCUGAACUCCUGAGUGACUACAUUCGCCUCCUGGCCAUAGUCCGAGCUGCCUUUGACCAGCGCAUGAAGACAUGGCAACGCUGGCAGGAUGCUCAAGCUAUGCUGCAGAAGAAGCGAGAGGCUGAGGCUCGGCUGUUGUGGGCCAACAAGCCUGACAAGCUACAGCAGGCCAAGGAUGAGAUCACAGAGUGGGAGUCUCGGGUGACUCAGUAUGAAAGGGACUUUGAAAGGAUUUCAACAGUGGUCCGAAAAGAAGUGAUACGGUUUGAGAAAGAGAAAUCCAAGGACUUCAAAAACCACGUGAUCAAGUACCUUGAGACACUCCUGUAUUCACAGCAGCAGUACUGGAGGUUGAACCUAGAGCAAAGCCCUAUCACUGAGCUACAUUCCCCAGCCCUACCUGUAUCUCCUUUAAUGCAGAAGAGUUCCUCAGCCUUUGUCUUUCAUUAUGGUGACAUUUUUGAAGAAUAUAGGCCAGUUAUUUUGUAGAAUAUUGCUUAAUUUGCAUUUUUCUUAUGGUUCCACAUGACUGGGGCUUUCCAUUGUGGAUACGAACAUCAUAGAAGUGAUGUGUUCUCCAUGCAUCUGAAGUUGGCAUAUGAUGUUGUUUGUCCCAUUAAUGUUGAUGAUAAAUCUGAUCACUUGGUUAAGUUGAUGUCUACCAGGUUUUCCAUUUUAAAUUUGCUAUUUUCCCCUUUGUAAUUAACAAGUAAUUUAUGGGAGAUACUUUCAGAUCAUACAAGUAUUUUGUUCAUCCACGGUUAUAGCAUCCAUUGGUAACUGGUCUUGCCUGAAUCAGUUAUUAUUAUAAGGAUUGAGCAGUAUUAUUUUCCAUCUCAGACCUGCUUUCUACAUUUAUUGGUUGGCAUUCUCCUUCUAAAUAAAAACAUUCUCUUUCCCCAUUUAUUUUACCACUUGUUUAUCAGUAUGGAAACAUGGAUUCCUACUGUAUUCAAAUUCAAGCUGUUACUUUGACUUUAUUUUGCUCAAACUGUCCUACAUUGGUAGCAGGCUCCUGUGUCUUUUGAAUACUUUACUUUCUGGCAUAACAAGAUAUUCUAGGCUCAUCUUGUAUCUUCCUUGCCUCAGCCCUAGAAUCAGCCAUUUCUCCAGGAAGCUUUGAUUCUUAGGAAUGAAAUUUAGAAACCAAGUUUGGGUGUUGAGUGUGCUUGUUGUUACUGGGACAUCUUGCUGCAAGGUUUUCCAGACAGGACAAGAAAAUAUAGAGAGGUAAAAGAAAUAUUGAGAGAGGUAGAGAUCGAUCACAUAAGUAGAUAUUAAAAAUCAUGGGGUGGGAGGCUGGGGUUAUAGCUCAGAGGUUGAAUGCUUGCUUCGCAUGUAUGAGGCACUGGGUUUGAUCCUCAGCACCACAUAAAAAAAUAAAGAUAGUGUCCAUCUACAACAACAAAAAAAAAAUCAUGGGGGGCUGGUGUUGUGGCUCAGUGGAAGAGCACUCGCCUAGCACGUGCAAGGCCCUGGGUUUGAUCUUUAGCACCACAUAAAAAUAAAUAAAAUAGAAGUAAUGUGUCCAACUAUAACUAAAAAAUAAAUAUUUUUUAAAAAUCAUGGGGUGGAGAGUGCUCAGUGUAGAGCACUUGCCUAGCAUGCACAAGGCAUAGAGGGUUCAAUCCCCAUUACCACAAAAAAUAAAUUCUUUCAUGAAUUCACAUUGAUAGUUGUAGUCUAGCCCUAUAGGUUUACUCUGUCCCCUUUCCACAUUUGUAAUUCUUUUCUCCACAGAGACUUAUUUUUAAAUUAACUUCUCUGUGCUUUGUUAAGUUCUAUCCAAUGAUCAUCUUGAUGUUUCAUUAUUUCCUUGGGAUGGAUGCUCCUUGGGUUUCAAAACUUCCCUCUGUGUCUGCUGUGUCUCGAAGCUGAUGGGCCAGUUGACUUCAGGGCUUAUGCAUUUCUGUGCAGAGUUUAUAGACAUGGAAAUCAAGAAGGCCAACAGCAGGUGAGGGGUACUGAUUCAGAAACCUCUACAGGGAAUAACAGGCACAAAGGAAUAAUAAAUAAAUGACACAAAGAAAGGAGACUCAGGGGGAAGAAAUUGAUGAGAAUGUGAUGUUUGAACUGUGUCUUAAACGUGAAGAGGUGUUUGUUCCUUCUACCAGGACCAUUCUGCUUUCCUUGUCUGCCUGAUAGUCAGAGGUGGAUACCGAUAUCUAGGGACAUACAAGUGCUUGGUAUGGCCAGAGUUGAAUCAGUGAGGUGAGAGUAAUGAGCAGAAGCUGGAUCAUAAUGCCUGAGAAUUCGUGAGGCCCUUUGAACGUUAUCCUACAAGUACAGGAAGCUACUGAAGGGAAGUAUUUGUGAUUUAGACAUCAGAAGGUGUCAGACUGGAGGUGGAGAUUGCUGCCAGGCUCUAUACAACAUCCGCAGGGAUGAGGCCAGUAAUAAUGGAGUUAGAACUCAGGGAGAGGUUUGGAAGGUGGAGAUGCAACCACUGGGACCUGGCCACUGACUUGAUGAGAGACCCGAGGGAGGGGAAGGUAGUUGGCAUGGCCCUCAGGUAUCUGGCUUGAAUAUUAGACACAGAUUACACAUUGUAACACAAGCUACACAGAAGGCAAACAGGUUUAGAGCAGAUGGGAGGGGAAGCAGUGGGGACAGUAAAGCUCCUCUGGAGGGGAUGAGAGGCUGGUGGUUAGAAGUGGGAGAUACAGAGUUUUAUUUAAAGGCUGGGCAGACUUAAGCAUGUUAUAGAAAUUCAGAGGAGAGAAAGGGAACAACUCUCAGAGUUAUGUGUGGGAAUAAAGGCAGCCCAGAGAGUGGAAGGGAACAGUUCCCAUGCUCAGAGGGAGCCUCACUGCUGUCUGCUGUGAGAAAGAAAUCUAUUGGAGGAGGGAAGGCAGAAGAAGGGUUCAUGCCUCCUCCUGGUAGGGACACUGUUUACCUAUUUGAACCAAGAGGUUUGGACAAAAUGUAUGGAGAUAAGUCUACAAUUAUCCUGCUUGCCCCUUGGGUUGUUUCCUCAAGAAUUUCUGGAUUCCAUCUGAAGGUGAGGAAAUAGAGCUGGGGAAAAUGUAAUAUUCAGUAUAAGUAUUCAGUGACAGAAUAAGUAAGUGGAGUAGAAAUAAAAUAGAGAAGAAGUGUCACAUAAAUAUUAGUAACUUUAAACUCUUCCCAGAAGACUUUUUUUUUUUUUUUUAGUACUGGGGAUUAAACUCAGGGGGCACUUGACCACUGAGCCACAUCCCCAGCCCUAUUUUGUAUUUUAUUUAGAGACAGGAGUCAGGGUCUCACUGAGUUGCUUAGCACCUCACUUUUGCUGAGGUUGGCUUUGAACUCGCCAUCCUCCUGACUCAGGUGCCCGAGCCUUUGGGAUUACAGGAGUGCACCACCACGCCCAGCCCUCCCAGAAGACUUUUAUUAUUAAUGCACCUAUAGUUGGGAACUCUAAAGAAAAUAAGGAAUGGUUUUUCAGAAAUUCAAAUUUUAAAAAGGAGAAUUGAUGGAAACCUGCUCAAAUAUGGGCAAAGGUCUGGUUGGGCAGAGCGUGGUGAUGGAAAGAGUGUCCUUUGCUGAGCAUGCUUAGGCCCCACAUGAGGUUGAAGCCCAUGGAUUCUGAGUGACAUCUAACCGCAAGGUGUGGGAUUUUUCCCACUGGUACUUGGCAGCUUGGAGGAAAUGGAGGGAAAGAGAAGAAUAGUGAUCCCUGCCCUAGCAGAAAAGGACACAUCUUUGCUGCUGUCGGCACAUCCCUUAGCUAUAUACUUUGUCUUUGGAGAUACUAAGAUUCUCUGUGCCGUGUUUGAGUUAAGAAUUAGAAACGGACAACAACUCAAUCCUAUCCUCUGAACCUUGGGAAUGGAGCAUACAUCACUAUCCUGGGAUACCAGUUGUGUGGCUUUGUGUUGGUUAUAUGUCUUUAUCACUUCAUGGCCCCAGCAAAAGUUUGGGUUCAAAACUGAUGCCAAAUAGAUAAGUGUUACAUGAUUAUUCAGUUGCAGGCUCUGCUGCCUGGCAUUCACAGCUGUCUGUGAGAGGACCCAGCUCACCUUGCCCUGUUUAUCUCCCAGUCCUUAACAGUGCUAAAGUCUCAUGGAAACUGAUUACAAACAUGCUUUUUCCCUUUCUCAUUUCCAUGUGACUGGAUGAGCCUUUGUUAAUUCUGGGCUUUGUACCUGUGACAUUCUUUCUCAGUUCCCAUUUCUUAUCUUCAGUUUCAGAAUUAUACCAGUCUGAAAUAGGCAUUUUUCAACAUUAUGGAUGGGCACGUAAGUGUAAGGAGAUGGAGGGCAUUUGCCAAUGUGUCAGUGAGGAUCCUCAUAGACACUUCUAGAAACCAGGCCCAUGAAAACUAACCACAGAUGCCCAUUGUAAAUGGUGUUGUUUGUUUACAGUUGCAAAAACUGGAAUGAAUCUAAAUUUGUGUCAUGAAAGGAUUAAAUGAAUUAUGGUACAGUCAUACAGUUGGCUAUUAUAUAGCCAUUGAAAGUGAUAUGUAAUUAUAUUCAUUGACAAGAAAAACUCAUAUUUUUGAGUGAAAAAAGCAGGUUUUAGAAUUGCAUGUAUGAUAUGAUCCUCAUUUUAUAAAAUUUUAUAUAUGGGAAGGAUGUUAAUUAAAUUGUUUACUAUGAUUGCCUCUAAAGAUGGAAUUUUGCAUUACUUCCAGUUUUUUAUGCCAUUUAUAUUGCUUAAAAUGUCUGUAUUAUCUUUACAAGUAGAAAAAUCAAAUAAAGCUAUUUUCAUUGUGGGAGAACAAUUUAGUGCAUCCUUUGGGGCCUACUUCAUAUAUAAAUUCUCUGAAAAGCUUUGUCUGAUCCACUUUAUCUGAUCCACCAUCUCUAUCCCAGACAGGAAUGGGAACUCCGUCUCCUGUACCUCUUGUAUGGCACUGUAUUUAUUGUCUUUGUAAACUCUGGUCUCUACCUUAUGCAAUGGCUCUCUGAGGUUACCUCAUUGGCCUCCUGUGCAAUGAAUUCCUUAAGAUCAUAGAGUUUGUAUUUUCUACUCAUCUUGGUAUCCUCCUGCCACCCUCAAAGGCAGCCUGUGGGGGUAGUUGCUAUUCUGUAGCUCCACAUCAUUGCCAUAUGGCUACUGAGGACAGAUCUUGAGGUUUUUCAAACAGUUAUGAAAUCUGGCAAUUUUGGGACUCAGUAGGCCCUACCAUGGUUGGUAAGACUAGUGCUCAGAGCCUUAGGUGGGGCCUACAGGCUGCCCCAUGAUAGCCACCUGCCUCAUCAGGCUUGCCUGAGAUAAGCCUUCUCCCCUUUGGCCCUUGUCUGUUGUGGAAAUGCCCCUGUGGCUAAGAUGACCAGACCUCUGGGACAGAAACUCCACCCACCCAAGGCAGCUCAGAAAAAGCCAGCUGUUCAUCCUCCAUAGGAUGUACUUUGUCUGGGUCCAGAAAAAAACCACAGAAAAACCCUGGCCAGUCUGAGAUAGAACCUUUCACUAAAGAGAUGUGACGACUGUUUCCAAAUGACUCUUCCCUCCAAGAUUUAUUGCUUUUUAGCUUCCCCUUCCAUUAUGAGUGGCAGCAAUGAUGGCCACAGGGACCCAACCAGCAAGUCUCUGUGAAGUGGCACAUCAGCAGCCUCACUAGCAAAAAAGAUGAGGUGCACCUUACAGGCAGGAACAUGUGUAGGUCAAAGGACAGACUGCCCCCGGCAGCCUCUUCCCACUGUGGAGCCUCAUUAUUUCAUUAACUAUAGUAAGAAUUGUUGCUUGUUAAGUACUAUCUGCCAGGCAUUGUGCUCAGGGCUUUAAGACAUCUCUACUCCAGUACCUUCAACUUACCAGGUAGUCAUCAUUAUCUACAUUAAAAUACUUGAGGCUCAAAGAACAAGCAGCUUGCUCAGAGCUAAGUUAGGUUCUAGGUUCUUAGCUCUAGACAACACCCCAGAGCUAACAACCUACUAAGACAUUAACCUACAAAGUUCUUAAAGACCUCAAUAAAUCCAUACAGUAUGCCUGUUAAGGACAAAUCCAUUUGGGCAAAUGCUCUACCAGUUAGCUGCAUUCCCAGCCCUUUUUAUUUUAUUUUGAGACAGAAUCUUGCUGAGUUGUCCAGUCUGGCCUCAAAUUUGAGAUCCUCCUCCCUCAGCUCCUGCAUAGCUAGGAUUACAGGCAUGUGCUACUGCACCUGGAACAAGUCCCAUUUUGAUACUGACCUGACCUUGUAAGUAUAUGAGCCUCUCUGACCCCUUUGAGAUCCUCUUUCCCCUAGGAGCAGCCAUUGGAAGUCAGAGAAGCAGGUCUAGUAAACAGCUGGGGACCUUUAAUGCCAGAUACAUUUGUUGAACCAGGCAUAGUGACAUAUGGUUUGAGGAGUGUUAGAAAGUUGUCUCCCAAGAAAAAUCUGCUGUGCCAUGAAAAGUGCCGAGGCAGUCUUUGCCAGCUCCUCCUGAUGCAGCCCUGGGUGAGCAGCUGAGCUGCCUCUGUCAUAUCUGGGCAGAGGAAAAGAGGCUCUGAGGAAUGACACUGCUGGCUGGGGCUGCAGGUCUGGAACCUGCUUGACCCUGAAAAGCAGGUUGCCAACCUGUCCUGAGCCUGGUUUGCUCUCAGGGCUCUCAAGACAUUUUCUAUAGAGGUGCCUUCUUAAUCCAGCUCUUUCCAGAACCACUUCUCACCCUUGGGCUUCACUCUCCUGUUUCUGAAAAUGAAGACUUUAGACUAUGUCAGAAACUUAAAAAUUGUUUUAGAGAACUCUUUUUAAGGUAUCUUGUUCCAAAAUUCAAUAUUAUAACAUAAAAAUUGUUUUUAAAUUUUAUUUCAAAUUAAUAAAAUGUACUUAUUAAAAAGGCAAUCAGUAGGAACCCUGAGGUGGUUGUGAUGAAUAGAAUAGUUGCUGAUUUACACCAAGCUCUUCUUCCAAUUUAUUUGCUGUGUUUUUUUGUUUGUUUGUUUGUUUUGUUUUUUUUGGUUGUGCAAUAUGGAGAAAUAUCAGGAAAAUCCUUAUCACAGAGUUAGUAGCUGAAAGAGUUGUUUUCAAACUAACCUUUAAAGCUCAGCAUACUGAAAGGAAUAGAAUUUGUUUUUGUUGAUAAAUAAGUAGCAAUAUAUUAGGAUGAACUAAAUGUAACUGUGAAUCUCCUACCAUUUUUGGAUUACAAAAACAUUAGUUUCAUAUAAUUCAGUUAAAAAUAACAGCGAAUAUUUAUUUACUGUGUGUCAGGCCCAUGCUAAGCACUUCAGAAGCAUGAUGUCAUUUAACCCACACACAACGCCCCCCACCCAACUCUCCAUUGUACAGAUAAGGACUCAAGUUCAGGGGGGCUCUCCAAGAUUACACAAGUGACUAGAGCAGGACUUGGGUGGGGCAGGCAAGGCCUACCCUUGCUCAGGCAGCCUCCCAUGGUUGGCCCCUCCCUCUGGCUGACCCACCCACUCCCAGAGAAGAAUCCAGCCUCUGUGUCUAGCAGCACCCGCUUGCCUGCCCUGCCCAGGAGCUAUUUGUUUUCUUAACGGGGUUAACCAAACCUCCUGAGCAGCCUUGGAGCUGUGGGGUGGAGCUGCGGGUGAAAGGGGGUUUUGUGUGCAGUGGUUUUGUUAGCAAUGGUGGAGGGUGAGGGCCCAGCCAAGGCAUGGCAGAAGCGCAGGCCAGCCAACCCACAGGACCACCACAGGAGCAGGGCUGUGUUGGGGAACAUCUUCACCUCAGCAUGUCCUGCCCUUUGCUCAAGCCAUGAUACUGUCAAGCAGCCAGUGUAGCACAGUCCCUUGAGGGGCUGGUGUGGGAGUCCGAUGUCUACUACAUGGUCCCCAGGAACACACGGGGCAUCCCCAGGGAACUGUUGAAAAUGUCCAUGAUUAGGCACCACGUAGGGCUCUGAACCCAAUCCUCCUGUCUCAGCCUCCCCAGCCGCUGGGAUUACAGGCAUGUGCCACCACACCCAGCACAACCCCAUAUUUUCUGAUUGCAAAGUUAGCCUCAGCAACAGCGAGGCACUUAGCAACUCAGUGAGACCCUGUCUCUAAAUAAAAUACAAAAUAGAGCUGGGGAUGUGGCUCAGUGCUUGAGUCCCCCAGUUCAAUCCCUGGUACCCCAAAAAAAGAAAAUAUGGGGUUGGGGCCCUAAAAUCUGAGAUUGUCAGGCAGGACCUCUAGGGAAUAAUACUGACUGUGAAAAUUUGAAAACUAUUGCUGUAUAAUCUAGAUCAAGAAAAUGUGAUCAAUUAAUACUUUUAGGCAAUUUUCACUCAGCAACUUAGAAAUUAAAUUCAUAUACUAGACAGUGAUGGAGAAAAGACAGAGAUUCUAUAGUAAAACAACUCAUUCUAAAAAUAGAAGUCACUUUGAGGUCUCUACACCCAUCAUAUAAGCCUGGAAUUUAACAGUGUUCAUUUGCCACACUGACCAAUGCUUAAAGUAUACAGAAAAUAAACUCUUCCUCUGAUUGUAAUAACUGCUUUGGAAUUUAUAUCAUGCCAUGUGUUGCUCUUUAUAGGACAAUAUUGCACAUAACUUGUUCUAUCUCCUCAAAGACACUGUAAAUAAUACCUCCAAGUCCAGGAUCUUGUUUCUCCUUAUUUGGACCUGCACCUUUGCACCACAGGACACUGUAGAAUUAGGGACCUGCAUGUUUACUACAGGAUGUUUUCAAGUCAUUUGUAUUGAAUCUCAAUGAAAAGCCACUGAAAAGGCAAUGAAAAGCCACUGAAGCUUCUCAGGAACAUCUGGAAAUUAAGUCAAAUGAAUAAAAUGAACACCAGUCCACCAAAAGAGAGAGGCAGAGAUGGAUGUCUAACCCUAAGAUGGAAAAAGCGUUCUUGUAAUCCCCUUGCAGCAGACCUUCUAGCCCUUCAGCAACCUCUGUCCCCUCUGCACCUCUCUCCCAGGCCUUCUCUCCCCUCCCCAGCCUUUGCUCUACCUCCCCAUUUAGCCUUUUUAUUUUUUAAAAAACUUUAUUGGUGCUUUAUAAUUAUACAUAAUAGAUUCAAUCUUACAUAUUCUCAUUCAUAUACUCUUUCAAUCAACAGUUUUUUGUUUUUAGUAUAUCAGGGCUCAGAACAUGAAACUCCAAGGUAUGGCACCCUUAAGUGCUAAAUAUUUUGAAAUAAAGGAUUUGGGGGCUGGGGAUGUAGCUCAGUGAUAGUGUGUGCUUAGCAUGUGCAAGGGUUCCAUCCCAACACCAAAAAUUAAUUAAUUAAUAAAAUAAAAAGACUGGAAGGGCCUAAGAGCAAGGUCUCUCUGACCUCCUGCCCUUACUUUCUUCCCUGAAGUGAGCUACAGAAAUCAGAAUUUUUCUUCUCCAAAAUGGGUCACAGAAACUAGAAUCACAUAAGGUGUAGUGGUACACACUUGGAAUCCCAGUUUACUUGAGCAGCUGAGGCAAGAAGAUCAUAAAUUUAAGUCCAGUCUGGACAACCUAGGAAACCCGGUCUCGAAAUUUAAAAAAUAACAAGGGCUGAGGAUGUAAUUCAGUGGUAGAGUGCCCUGGGUUCAGUCCCUCAUAUCAAAAACAAAAAUACAGAACCCUAUUCCCCUAAAGCAAACCAUAAACCUAGAAAGGUUAUUUACCCUUUCCCUUCUCCCUUGAACACCCUUUUUUUUUAAAGAGAGAGAGAGUGAGAGCGCAUGCGCGCACGAGAGAGAGAGAGAGAGAGAGAGAGAGAGAGAGAGAGAGAGAGAGAGAGAGAGAAUUUUCUUUUAAUAUUUAUUUUUUAGUUUUCGGUGGACACAACAUCUUUGUUUGUAUGUGGUGCUGAGGAUCGAACCUGGGCCGCACGCAUGCCAGGCGAGCGAGCUACCGCUUGAGCCACAUCCCCAGCCCCCUUGAACACCCUUAUUCCAGAGGAAUCUUGCUCCACAUCCAGGAGAAACGAAUGAUGAUGCACAGAGGCUGAGAAAAAUCUGGACAGGCCAUGCUGGACUUCCCGCUUAAUCCAUCAUACCCUUUUUGUCCAAAAAUGUUUCUAUGUGACUAUUCAUGCUUCAUCAGACUUAAGCAUGAACCUUGAAAUGAAGACCCCUGGGUCUCUGGGCCUUCAUUUUGAAAGGGUCCCAUAUCACAUUAAACUUUAAUUAAAUAAAUUUUGCUAUGCUUUUCUCUUA